AUGUUUCCAUUAAGUGCCUACUAUGAACAAGAAAUUAAACGUUGGCUUAAAAACCAUAGUGGUAAAAUUGUAACAAUAAAACAAGUUGGUGAAUUGUUUGGUUUAGCAUAUCAAAGGGCAGCUACAAUUCAAACAGCAGUAAAUGGUUUUAAAACAACUGGCAUUUGUCCAUAUAAUCCUUACAUUUUUCCCGAUGAUUUGUUUGAACCAUCUGAGACAACAAAUAAAACAUUGGUAGACAAUCAAACAACAAUAAAUCAAACACCAAUAACAUCAUAUCAGACUAUCACAACUGAACAUGUAUCUGUUACACCAGAAGACAUAAUGCCUGUGGCUCAUGUUGGAUCUCGAACAAUUGAAGAAGCUACAGCUCCAAAAAGGAAAAAAGGGAAAACUAUGAUUAUUACAGAUACUCCAAAUUUGAAAGAACUGGAAAAUAAUUUACCUGUCAUUAAUAAUCAAAAAAAGAAAGUUGUAAAGAAACGAUUAUUCAUGUCAAAAGCUAAAAUAUCAAAACCCAGAUCAAUUUCAUCUUUUGAAGAUGAUUUUGAACUUUUAAAUGAUACAAGCGAUAAUAAUAGAAACAUUGGAGCAGAUGAAAAUAACCAAAUAAAAAAAACAUUGAACUUGACUGGAAAAUAUAUUGUUGCAAAAUUCCAAGUAGAUAAAACACUGAAGCAUUUUGUUGGUAUUGUAUUAAAUUCAAACCAUGAUGUUAAAUUUUUGAGAAAAUAUAAGUCUAAGUUUGAUAAUUCUAACAAAAUAUUAUUCAUUUGGCCUAACGUGGAAGACAUUUAUAAUGUUAAGAGUGAAGAUGUGUGCAUAAUUUUACCAAAACCAACAGAAGAUCGUAGAGGUAGAUUAACUUUUAAAGGAGGUCUAACAGAUAAAUUUAACAUUUGUUAA